AUGCUCAAGCAAUACCUAGAGCGUGGCCAAGUGAGCUCCAAGCAGGAUCUCAGCCGGUGGGUCAAAGGUUCAGACCGAGACAUUGGCGGAUUCAGCGAUGUCUGGAUCGACACAACCAAAUCCGGGCACGCAAAGUUCCACGGCUACAUUUCGCAAAAGCUACCCGAGGACAAGCGAUUCAAGCGCAGCGGCUAUGCGAUGGUGCGCACGCGCGACCCCCGGUCGAACCUCCUAGGCGACGGGUCCUGGGACAGCUCCUUGUUUAGAUACCUGGCCAUACGCGUAAAGGCCGAUAGGCGCAAGUACUUUGUCAAUUUGAAGUCGGGCUCGCUCAUCCCCACAGAUAUCUACCAGCACUUGUUGCCGAUCCGCACGCCGGGGCAGUGGGAGACCGUGGUCAUCCCGUUUAAUAUGUUUACGCUCACGAGUAACAGCGUCAUUGUGGCGUCACAGCCGUCGAUGGCAUCGACCAGUAUGGAGACUGUGGGCUUUUCGGUGUCGGACAGGAAGGAGGGACCGUUCUGCUUGGAGUUUGCCUGGAUAAAGGCAUUCAACUCGGACCGCACGUUCGGCGAGUGCCUCAGGCUCCCGUACACUGCAGAACUGACGUGGAAGACAGACUUUGCGCGGCUAGACAAGACCAACUGA